AUGGAUAUUGUGGACCAGGCGCCCUGUAAAUAUUUCCAGAAGGGAAAUUGCAAGUUCGGGUUGAAGUGUGCCUUAGCUCAUAUCACGCCAGACGGCCGCAGGGUCAAUCGUCCCAGUCAGAACCAGCAUUCGCACCAGCACCAGAACCAGAAUCAGAACCAGAAUCACUCGCAAAACCAAAACCAGGGCCAAAAUCAUAACCAAAACCAGAAUCAGAGCCAGAAUCUGGGCCAGAAUCAAAGCCACGGUCAAAACCAGGCCGUCAAUGGCUCUCUGGCAUCGAACGGCUCGGUCCAUGGCCAGCACCAUCAGCAACACCAGCAGACUCAGCAUCAGCAAUCGCAGCCACUGGCCCUCUCUCAGACCCAACAGCAGCAGCAACAACAGCAACAGCAGCAGCAGUUGCUCCAGAACAGCGUUCAUACACAGUCCCCUCUAUCACAGGCUGUGUCUUCUUCGCCAGGAGCAGCGGCUUUUGGCUCUUCCGCCUCGUCUUCUUUCCAUAACCGUACUUGGUCGUACAGCCAUUCGAACUCGGGAACCUCGAUUCCCACUACCAGUGGUCUUAGUUUGGCCCUGGGAUCUCACAAUUCGACAAACAACAGCAGCAGCACUGGUUUGGCCAGCGGUUUGGCCAGCGGUCUCAACAGCAGCUUGAAUAGCGGACUGAACAGCGGACUCAGCAGCGGACUGGGUAGUGGCAGUUUGGGUAAUGGAAGUGCUGGCAACAACAGCUACAGUUUUGGACUUGCUACUGGCAGUCUGAUUUCGGCUGCUUCGUCAGCUAUCCCACCUAGCUCGCCAUACUCAAAAUCAGCCAAUCCAUUUUCGACUACUUUAGGAACAAGUUCAGGUGGUGGUGGUGCCAUUCCUGGGGGUGGCAUGGCUGCUGCUAGCUAUUCAAAUCAUAUUAACAGCAUGCUGGGUAAUAAUACACCCAACAGUAAUAUCAACAGUGCCACCAAUAACAGCCUCAGAUCUAUGUCGGCCUCUUCUACUACUCUAUGGACAGAUAGGCCGUUUAUUCGAUCUCUCAGAACGUCGUCUUUUUUGUUUGCUGAUAACGAUUCGGCUAUUGCCGAUGACUUCGAAGACCAUCCAGCAUAUAGAAAUAUCCAUGGCAACUCUGUAUCAGCUAUUGACGAUGACGACGAAGAAGAAGACGACAACGAAGGACAAAAAGCAGGAAAAAAAGACAAUGAUGCUAACGAUGUUAACGAAAAAGCAGAAGAUGAUGAUGAUGAAGAUGCUCGUACCAUCUAUGAUAGAAGGUAUAGCAACAAUCAUGACGACGACGAAGCCAUUGCUGACGAUGAUCCAUUUGAAGAAGAAUUCGUGCCUUCAUCUCUAAAAGACCUAUUAACUCCUCGAGAAAGAAAAAGACGUGGAUCACGAGUGGCCUCGUCAUCCGGAAGUGCUAUUGCCAGUGCAGCUCCUGGAACUCCUAGUUCUACCGGUAUUACAGGAACCACUAGUACUACUAGUAAUGUCCUAUUAACGCCCACAGGAACAUCUGCAUCAAUAGCAGCGACCCAGCCUAUCGCCUCGUCGCUGUCACAAUCACACAAAGCCAUUGACAUUUGGGCAUCUCCAAGAUAUCCUCGUCAGUCAUUCUCAGAGUCGACCGGCUCACCAUUAAAAGUACUCCAACCAAUUGGCACUCCAGAACGAACCUCGCACUUCCAGACCCCGCUUGGUAGCGUUUCAUCCAGCAUUGGCGACGUAGCAUCUGCCUCACUGUCAAGAUCACUUCAUCAAAGCUACCAAUCGCACAUGCUGAGUCCUCCUCCACCUCGAAGAGACCACACUCCAGUGCUGACGGGAUUGGCUGGUCUUCCUAACCAAUCCAACAACCCUGGCUACCCAUCCUCAUCUUCAACAUCGACGGCAACAGCUGGUCCCGCAACCGCAGGUUCGUCCAGCCUCUUCGACGACGACCUCGAAGACACCCAGUUCGUCAUGGAACAGGAGGACGAGCGUCUCGACCACCACAGCACCCGUCUCCAGAACCUUCGACUCAUGGACCCAUAA